AUGUCGUUUGCGGCAAAUAUGCAUCUGUAUUUAGCCGAAGGUGUAGUAAUAUGUGUGACGAACUCGACGUUGUUAUGGUGCAUCCUGUCAGAUGCUCGGAAUCGGAACCGACGGGAGUUUUUACUGGUGGCAUCUCAAUCGGUUACAGUAACCCUCACAGUAUCCACCUCCGAAUGUGCAUUCAUCCCUGCUCUAUGGCUUCACAACAUGGCGACCCCAUUACUGGGCCUCUUGCCAUUUACAACAUCAAUCAACUUUCUCGUGUGCUCAGUUGCUCCACUAUGGUACAUGAGAGCCACCCAUAUGUACACAUUUUUUUUGCUCUCGGCUCCGUUCACAAUCGCCAUGUUCUUAACCUCCAUCAACGCGGUUCUACUAAUCAACGUGAACACCCAAAUCGCGGCGCUUUGCAUUGCAGCCAACGGAGCCGCCCAUCACAUUGUCUACCAUAUAAUGCUAUUUUUCCGAAUCAUCGCUAACAUGGCAUCUGCAGUUAUCUACUUUGUAAUUCUUCUGUAUUUGAAGAAAAGUCAAGGCGGCGCGCUGAAAGAGCUCUCUCCCCAACAGCUGAAAAUGCAUCGAAAUGCGAAAAUCACGCUGGGCAUGGUUACGACUAACUCGAUGAUUUUGUUGUUGUUCCCGGAUAUUUUGCUAUUCGCGAAUCCAUGGAACAUCACAAAGUUCUACUCAACACCGCUGUACACUAUGACUCUGAGCAAAACUAUGGUGAACUUCAUGAUCUACAUGAUUCGAUACCGUGAACUUCGAAACAUCAUUCUCUUCAAAAUCAUUGCCUGCCUUCCGCCGACCCCCCUGGCGAUGAAGCUUCGGAGCUUCGCCGAAACCUCAAAUGCGCCGAAAGCAUCGCCGAGGAAGAGCAUCGUUCCACGCUCUGGAUCUAUCGUUGGAAUUCAAAAACCUCGAGUUUUACAACAAGAAAUUUCCAAAGGACCACUACAUUUACCGCCGUUGCCAAGCCGAUUCUGAUUUGUUUAUUGUUUUUGG